AUGGUGCGAAACUAAGUUCAAGCACACGCAGAGAUACUGAAACCGGCUUAUGGGUUGCCUCAGCAUUCAGGCAACGCCAUGGCAGCUCCUCUCCCGUUCUCCCUCCUCGUCAUUGUCCUCGCCACGGCCGUCUCAGGCUCAGCGGCGGCGGCGGCGGCGGUAUCCUUCCCCAGAGAAGCCCUCCCGACCAAGUCCGGCUACCUCCCGAUCCCGCCGGCGAACGCUUCUCUCUACUUCGCCUUCUACGAGGCCACCCACCCGCUGACCCCGCCGGCCUCCACGCCGCUUCUCGUCUGGCUCGAGGGCGGCCCCGGCGUCCCCUCCUUGCUCAGCAACUUCUUCCAGAUCGGCCCCUACACCUUCGCCGCCGGCCGCAACAACGGCUCUGUCCCGCUGUCGCGCAACCCCUUCGCGUGGAACCGCCGCUUCGGGCUCCUCUUCGUCGACAGCCCGCUCGGCACCGGCUACAGCGCGGCGCCGUCCCCCUCCACCAUACCCACGAACCAGUCCGUCGUCGCCGAGCACAUCCUCGCCGCGCUCCAGUCGUUCUUCGCCGCCCAGCCGGCGGCGUUCCGCGCCCGCCCGCUCUUCCUCACCGGCGAGAGCUACGCCGGCAAGACCAUCCCCGCGGCCGGCUCGCUCAUACUGGAGACGAACCCCGAGUUGCCGGAGCAGUGGAGGAUCAACCUGCAGGGCGUGGCCAUCGGGAACAGCCUGGUCCACCCCGUGGCGCAGGUGACCACGCACGCGGACGCCGCCUACUUCAUGGGGCUCAUCAACGACAGGCAGAGGCGCGAGGCCGAGGAGAUGCAGGCGGAGGCGGUGGCGCUGACCAGCGCGGGGCGGUGGCGCGAGGCGUCGGACGCGCGGGCGCAGCUGCUGUCGUGGCUGCGGAACGCCACGGGGCUCGCGUCGCUGUUCGACGUGGCGGCCGUGGAGACGCCCCUGGAGGCCGUGGCCGCCGGGGCCGCGGAGCUCUUCAACGACGCCGAGGUGAGGGCGGCGCUGGGCGCCCGGGCCGGGGGCGCGCCGUGGCAGCUGGACAGCCCGGCGGUGGAAGCGGCGUUCCGCGACGACGUGAUGAAGAGCGCGAAGCCGGACGUGGAAGCGCUGCUCGGGGCGUCCACGCGCGUCCUCCUCUACGAGGGGAUCCGCGACGUGAAGGACGGGCCGGUGGCCGCCGAGGCGUGGCUGCGGGAGCUGGAGUGGGACGGGCUGCCGGCGUUCCGGGACGCCGCCCGCGCCGUGUGGCGGAGGAGCGGCGGCGGCGGGCGGCUCGCCGGGUACGUGCAGAGGCACGGCGCGCUCGUGCACGUGGCCGUGUACGGGGCCGGACACCUGGUGCCGGCGGCGCAGGGGGCCGCGGCGCAGGAGAUGAUCGAGGACUGGGUGUUGGACAGGGGCCUGUUCGGCAGCGGCGCGGCGGCGUAAGGCAGGCAAUACAAUGCAGUGCGUCUUCGUCGUGCCAGUACGCGGGCACGCCGUAGAUUUCAAGACUUGUAUAUAGAGCACGUAGCCACGUACACGUCAUGUUGAUCUGAUCAUUUCGUGGUGUAUAAAGUAUAAUAAUAAAGCUCAGUGAGGAGCAUUCCAAAUAAA